AUGGGUAGCGCCGAUCAAACCUCCAAUCGUCAGUUUGUCCUCCGUACCCACCGACCCGGCGACAUAGGAUGGAUUAUUCACAGACACGGCGUCCUUUACAACCAAGAAUACGGCUGGGAUGAGCGAUUUGAAGCCCUUGUCGCCGGUAUCGCGGCAGAGUUCAUCAAUCAAUACGACCCCCUAUCCGAGCGCUGUUGGAUUGCAGAAAAAGACGGCAACCCACUGGGCUGCAUCAUGCUCGUCAAAGACCGAUCGAGCGAUAACACCGCCAAACUUCGCCUACUAUUAGUAGAGCCGAGUGCGCGUGGUCUAGGUGUUGCUCGAGCUCUAGUGCGCCAGUGCAGAACAUUCGCCGAGGAGGUCGGUUACGAGCGAAUCGUGUUGUGGACGAAUCAAGUAUUGCUACCUGCGCGUCGACUGUAUACGUCUGAAGGAUAUCGAUGUGUUCAGGAAGAGGAGCAUGAGGCAUUUGGAAUCAAGCUAGUUGGGGAAUCUUGGGAGUUGAGUCUACAGCCAUCCACGACAUAG